AUGUUGAAUCGGCGGCUAACUAUCCACCUUCCUUUCUACGCAAAUCAAAACCCUUCUCCGUCGUGGAUUUGGCGUUACUUUUCCCCUAAAUCUCGAACUGGAUUAAUCUUCUAUGUAUCCUUAUUCAUACUUGCUACCCUAAUUAUGACAUUCAAAACAAUAAAGCCAACUUCUUCCCAGUGCUUCACACCUGUGUCGUUGAUGGGACCUGAUCCUUUAAGCAACUUAAACCACUUAAUAAUCAUUGCUGGUCACGCCGUCUGGCUGGGAGGGUCUUCGAAAGGACAAGAAGAUAGCGAAUGGAUCUUGGAACCUUACCAAAAAGGUGAAGGGAAAGUAUUCGCAAGCCAUAUCUAUAAAGGUUUGGAGCUGCUUGAGCAAGAUGAGUCUUCGCUAUUAGUCUUUUCUGGAGGACAAACUCGUCCAAAUGCUGGUCCAUAUUCAGAAGCGCAAUCUUAUUACUUACUUUCCAAAUCCCUUAAUGAUGAUCCUCUGUUACUGUCGCGUAGGACCACUGAAGAAUUUGCUCGAGAUAGUCUUGAAAAUGUGCUCUUCUCAAUUGCUAGGUUUCGUGAAGUCACAGGACAUUAUCCAAAGAAAAUAACAGUUGUCUCCUUUGAGUUUAAGAGAGAAAGGUUUCUAAAUUUACAUAGGGAGGCCAUUCGUUUUCCGAGCGAUCAAUUUGACUUCGUUGGUAUAGACCCAGAAGGCGGAGUCCCCCAAGCAAGUUAUGAAGCAGAGAAAAAGAACGCUCUUCUCCCUUUCACUGAAGAUCCUUACGCUUGUGAAAAUGCUUUACUGGUGGGAAAAAGAAAAGAACGUAAUCCUUAUCGAAGACAACAUUCUUAUCUCAUAACGUGUCCUGAACUAAUUCCUUUAAUUCAGUAUUGUCCUUCAAGAAAUUCAAAGUACUAUACCGGACAUUUACCUUGGUGA